AUGCCCUCCUCAGACACUCCAAUGUUAUUUCAACCUUACACAAUUAGAGGAUUGACUUUGAAGAAUAGAAUUGUAGUUUCUCCAAUGUGUACCUAUUCUAGCAAGGAUGGUUUUGCUAAUCUGUGGCAUGUGCAACAUAUUGGCAGUAGAGUGGUAGGUGGUGCUGGCUUGUUUAUAGUGGAGGCAUCUGCUGUUUCUGAAAUUGGAAGAAUUACUCCUCAUUGUUUGGGAAUUUACAAGGACGAACAUGUGGAAAUGUUGAAACAGAUUACGGAUUUAGCUCAUGAACAAGGUGGACAUAUUGGUAUUCAGUUGGCUCAUUCUGGGAGAAAAGGUUCAACACGUGCAUUGUGGGAAGCCCUAGGAAGAACUGCAUUAAGUGAUGAAGAAGGAGGAUGGGAAGUGGUUGGACCUUCUCCAAUUGCAUUUGAUGAAUCACAUAGAGUUCCGAGAGAGUUGACUGAAGAUGAGGUGGAAGAAUUGAUUGAAGACUUUGUAGCUGCUGCUAAGAGAGCUGUCUUGGCUGGUUUUGAUGUGAUUGAGAUACAUGCAGCUCAUGGUUAUAUGAUUAAUUCCUUCUUAUCACCAACAUCUAAUAAGAGAAAAGACAAAUUUGGUGGUUCUUUUGAGAAUCGUAUAAGAAUUCUAACUGAAAUUGUUAGUCGAGUAAGAAGUUGCAUUCCAGAGACAAUGCCUCUAUUUGUAAGAAUAUCAUGUGAUGAGUAUGUGAGUGAUGGUUGGGAUAUUGAGGAUAGUGUGAGGUUAGCUGAAAUUUUGAAAGAUUUGGGAGUUGAUAUAAUUGACUGUUCAUCAGGAGGUAAUUCAUCAAGAUUACUAUCCCAAGCUCUCAUGGCAUUUCCAAUGUAUCAAGUGAAAUAUGCAGAAAGGGUUAGACAAGUAAUGCCUGUGGCAGCUGUUGGUAAAAUUACUGAACCAGUACAAGCCAAUCAAAUAUUGACAGAAGGAAAAGCUGAUUUAGUAUUUAUUGGAAGAAAGGAUUUGGGUGAUCCAUAUUGGCCAAUCAGAGCUGCGAAGGAAUUGGGUUACGACAUUCCAAUACCUCCUCAAUAUAAAUUUGGUGUAUUCUAA